GGGCUACAGCGCGCGGGCCCCGCGGCCCGGAGAGGUGCAUCCUGCUGUUCUGCCAUGAUAACGGGGCCCAUCCUUGCAGCACCCCAUCACCAUGUUCGGCUCAUCCCGAGGAGGGGUCCGGGGGGGCCAGGACCAAUUCAGCUGGGAAGAUGUCAAGACAGACAAACAGCGCGAGAACUACCUGGGAAACUCCCUGAUGGCACCGGUGGGACGCUGGCAGAAGGGCAAGGACCUGACGUGGUACGCCAAGGGCAAGCAGGAGCCCGCCCCGCUGUCCCGCGAGGAGGAGCUGGCAGCCGUGCGCCUGGCUGAGCAGGAGGCCAUGAUGGCAGCGCUGGGCUACAAGAACGUGAAGAGGCAGCCCACAGGCCUCAGCAAGGAGGACCUGGCUGAGGUGUGCAAGCGGGACAGCGCAGAGCGAGCCGAGGACGUGGAUCGGGUGGUGGGCUUGGGCAGCUCCAGCGGCAGCGCCGGGCGGGUGAUGCUCUCCAAGGAGGACAAGGAGGCAGCCAAGAUGGGGCUCUCUGUCUUCACGCACCAGAAGGUGUGCAGCAGUCCUGAGGCGUCGGGCUCCAAGAGGAAGCAGGACAAGGAGGAGAAGGCAGAGGAGAAGCGGACGGAGAGCAGCAAGAAAUCCAAAAAGGAGAAGAAGAAAAAGAAAAAGAAGAAACACAAGAAGGAGAAGAAAAAAGACAAACACCACAAGCGGGACACCACCCCAUCAUCCUCCGCCUCCUCUCCCGACCGGGACGAGAGACGCCACCGGAGUAAAGCCCAGGACCGCCCUGCAUCCCACGGCGGCCGUCCCGAGGCAUCGCGGCACCGGCACCGCCGUGACACGGACUCCUCCCACAGCAGCGGGGCCUCGGGCAGGAGCCCGUCCUCCCGCCGCCGGAGGGCGCGGAGCCGCAGCAGGAGCGGCCAGCGGCACCCGUCCCCGCGGCACAAGGGCAGGAGGAGGAGCAGGAGCCGAUCUCCUCGGUCGCACAGGGCCAGACAGCGUCACGAUACGGAUUCGGGUGACUGAGGGGUUUUCCUGGAAGGGAUGUUCCAUAGGUUAGAUAUUUUUUAAGGUUGUUAUCUAAAUUAAAGUCACAGCUUUACAACUGCCGGGGCCGCUGGCCUCGGUGCAGACUGGU